UGCUCAAGCUCUCCUCCGUGUCAGCCCCUCCUCCAUGCACUUCUCCCUCAGACCCCAGCCCCCCAUCCCUUCACCGCCCACUGGGGCUCAUCGCUCAGGCUGUAGGAGGGAACUGGAAGGAUGUCCUCCCGGGGUCUGGCUGGCGCUGGGUGUCCGAGUCAACGGAGCGCCCCCACCAGUCUCCCCGAGGCAGAGUCAUGGGGGUGCUGGCGCCUGGACGCUGUCUCAUCCCGGGGAGCCGCUUUCCCACCGGCUCCCUGGGCUCCAGCCGCCCCACGCGAGCCCCCGGCUGGUUCUGGGGCCAGGACCGCGCCUCUCCGAAGCAGGCUUCCUUUCCUUCCACGACAAAGACGCGCAGCCCCGUUUUCCUGGGGCUGUAGCCCGUGAGAUCGCCGGGUGUAUCCCGACUCCCGCCGGGACGUGCGCUCCCCCAGGGCAGGGCCUGCCUGUCCCCUUCCGCGGGUCGCCAGCAGCCAGCACAGGCCACCAACAGCGGUCCGCAGAGCGGACCAACGGAGCCGACCCUCGCAGGCUUGGAGCCGGACACGGCGGGGCAGAGCCCGCGAGGUUGUAGCUCGCCGGAACCCGCGGGAGGGCAGAGCCGGGCUGGGCGGAGCGCACAGCGCAACGGACCGACCGCGCGGGCUCUGCCGGCCACUUCCGGUGUCGCGCGGCGGCUCCCGGCAGGAGGGAGAGGGCACACCGCCAGCCCCAGUCCAGGCUGCGAGGGCCGCGGACCCGAGCCUGGAAGGACCUUGGGCGGACGAGCCGCGCGUCCCGCAGCCAUGGAGCAGGACGACCCGGCCGAGGCGCUGACGGAGCUGCGCGAGCGGCAGCUGGGCGCGCUGGAGCUGCUGCAGGCGGCGGCCGGCUCAGGCUUGGCAGCCUACACGGUGUGGGCGCUGCUGCUCCAGCCCGGCUUCCGGCGCGUGCCGCUGCGGCUGCAGGUGCGGGGCGGGGCCAGGCCGGGUAGGGGAGCUCGGCUGCCGCUCAGGGUCUCAAGGUCUGGGCGGGGCCGGGGUGAGCUCCGUCCGCCGUCGGGUAGUUCGGGCCGGGCUGCGGGCGGGGCGGGAACGGCCAGUGGACUCUCGCCGCCUCCCGGUCCAGGUGCCCUACGUCGGCGCGAGCGCGGGGCAGGUGGAGCACGUGUUGUCGCUGCUGCGAGGCCGCCCCGGAAAAACGGUGGAUCUGGGCUCCGGCGACGGCAGGAUCGUGCUGGCGGCCCACAGGUGCGGCCUCCGCCCGGCCGUGGGCUACGAGCUGAACCCCUGGCUGGUGGCGCUGGCGCGGCUGCACGCCUGGAGGGCCGGCUGUGCGGGCAGCGUCUGCUAUCGCCGCAAGGAUCUCUGGAAGGUAACCUGGGGAUCCCUGGCCACCCGCUGACAGCCCAAGGUGCGGUUGACACCUGCGAGGGCUGGGGGCCGGGACUCGGAAGCUGCCAUGACCCGGUGCCCACCGGCCUCUCCCCGGCUGGGGCGACUUCUCUUCCGGCAGCUCUCGCUGCUGGAGGACAAGCUGCGGGCAGAGCUGCCUGCCGGGGCCCGCGUGGUGUCUGGGCGCUUCCCGCUCCCCACCUGGCAGCCUGUGGCCGUGCUUGGCGAGGGCCUGGACCGAGUAUGGGCCUAUGAUGUUCCUGAGGGUGGGCAGGCUGGGGAGGCCGUCUCCUCGCGGAUACCCAUCCAGGCUGCCCCCAGACCUAGUUCUGCCUCCGUCCCGGAGGGCCCUGUUUCUCAGGCCAACUGAGUGUUCAGACACGAUAAAGACUGUGGGUUCUAUCC